AUGGCUAGCAUACUCGAAAUAAUCAAGACUACAUCGUCUAUAGUUCCGCAAUUCGACGGAAACAUAGACAAACUGAAAGCCUUCGCUGACGCUUUAAACUUGGUGAAAACAUUUGAAACACCGGAAAACAAAGCAACCAUAAUUAACGUCAUACUAACCAAACUAGAGGGACGGGCGAGAAAUGCAUUCACUGAAACACCGACAUCGGUGAGCGAGAUAAGCAAAAUUUUAAAAGCUAAAAUAACGACCAGUCCACCGGAACAAGUUCUAGCUAAAAUGGCUAACUUAAAACAAAACGGUGGAAUCGAACAAUUUUGCCUGGAUUUAGAAAAAUUGGUGUUCAGUUUGGAAACAGCGUACACCGCUAAAGAAAUUCCGCCCCAAGUUGCCAAAUCUAUGGCAAACAAAGAAGGCGUCAAACAUUUAGCCGGAGGGUUAAAAAACGAAAAAACCUCGCUCAUCAUAAGAGCAGGGAAUUUCAAUUCAUACUCCGACGCGAUGACUAAAGCGUUGGAGGAAAACUUAAAUAAUGCGAGCGCAUCAGUAUUUGCAUACUCGCAAACCAACAGAAACGCCAACCGUUUCAACAACAACGUUGACACACAUUAUAAUAAUUACAGGCGCAGGCCAAACGACUUCCAUAACCGCGGUAGAAACCAAAACAAUUUCAACCGCAACAAUUUCAACCAAAAUAAUUUCCAAAACCAACCGCGUAAUAACUAUAACCGUUUUGGCCAGCAAAACCAAGUUCGAGACCAAUUCUCAAACAUAAACCCACAGCGAAAUAACAACAACAACAAUAGGCGGAAUACAAAUUUUAACCGCCCUCAGCAAUACAUCCGCCUAACGGGAAACGAGUCACAACCGACGGAUGCCCUCCAGUCCGAACCGGCAUUGACAUUGGAGGAAAACAAACAUUACGGAGACCAACAUUAA